AUGAUUGAAAUGAUACGUUCCUCAUUGCCAAAUGCCACAGUGACUAGUGUUCACAGAAGGUUCUUCAAUCAUCAACGUGGUGCAGAAUUAGUGGCACAGUUAGCAAAUGCUGAAAUAUCGAAUUGCGACAGCGUUGUACUCCAGAAGCAAUUUUGUAUGCAGAGCUGCUCGGCUCUCAUCAAGUAUGUGGAACACAUUCAAAACAUUGUAUUUGCUUCAAAAACACUAUAUUUCGUUUAUCGUGACAUCGAAAAGAUGUGUCUCUUGGGUGGGUUUUCCAGAAGCUCUUUGGAUCGUGUUCCUGUGUUCUUACUGAAAUUUCCAUCUGAACCAAGUAUAAUUUCAGACGUUGGUUCGUGGAAGAAUCUUGAAAUAGAUAAUAAUCACCCUAAAAAGGAGCGAAAGUCGUUGCUUGCCAUCAUUGAUGAAACGCAAACCUCAGCAGGUGCACGACUUCUUCGCUCCAACGUUCUUCAACCUUCCGGUGAUCAGAUGGUCAUUGAAGAGAGAUUGGAUGCUGUGGAAGAGUUGGUUGAUAAUCCUCAUGUGAGUAUCUGCAUAACACAGCUUUUCCCUUUUUUUUCUCUGGAGGUUAUCACAUCAUUCAAAAUGGCAUUGGCGAAAAUGCGGCAAAAUCAAAACCGAUAG